GGCACCGGCGUAAAACAUAUCUGCUCUGCUCAGCGCACCUUCCGUGGGCAAUGGCAAUGUCUCCUCACCCCUCUCGAACCAUUGGCUGCUUGGCCCUGGCCGUUGCCAUUUGCGCCCUGCUCCCAGGCUGCUUCUCCAGCAAAGUUGCCCUGGAGAUCUUCGAGAGGGCGUGCCACUGCUUCGACGACCACAAUGUGUACAACGAGUGCGCGGAGGAGCUUCGGCUGGGCGUGGAGGGGGCGUUCCACGUGGGGCGGGAGAGCGUGGACGAGUACUGCGGCGGGGCCUGCCUCGCUGAGACGGAGAUGGCGCUGCGCUGCGUGGAGGAGGUCGCCCACGACGGCUUCAGGUUCUCCAACGGCGCCUCGCUGCUGGCCGUGAAGCGGGCGCUCGGCAGCGGCUGCAGCUACACGCCGGAUAGAGGAACCUUCGACAUACGUGAGCGCAGGGAGUGCGGCGACGAGUACGGGUACGGCUACCACGGCGCGCUAGGGUACGGCGAGGAGGGCGGCGACCGGCGGUACGAGUACCCGGGCGGCGCGUUUGGCAACUACUGCUCCGGCGCCACUGGCGGCGGCGUGGUGCAGACGCUCAUCCUCGCCUUCUUCCUUGUCUCCGCGUCGGCGCUGCUUCUUGCCGUAUGAGCGAUAGUGAUCUUACGUGUACUAGUAGUAUUUGUAAUGAUUUUGGUUUCAGGUUGAGUGAUCUCAUGAUAUACUCCGCAUAUUGUAAAUUUUCCUUCUUAUUUUUGCACGAUGCACCGGCGCAUGGUAUCCUCUCACAGUCACAGGGCAAGGAAGAACUAAAACAAG